AACAAUGGCGGUGCUAACGGAAGCAACAACGGCGGUGCUAACGGAAGCAACAAUGGCGGUGCUAACGGAGGCAACAACGGCGGUGCUAACGGAGGCAACAAUGGUGGUGAUAAUGGCGACAACAACGACAAUGGAGACAACAGCAACAAUGGCGACUACAGCGACAAUGGCGACUACAGCGACAAUGGCAACGGCAAUGGCGACGACAACGACAAUGGCAAUGGAGACAAUGACAGCGGAGCUCCCGGUGGUGCUCAACCCGGUCAGACUCCUACUUCCUAUCCUGCUUCCCAGGAGACCCCCUGCCCGUCUGAUGUCCCUUACUAG